AUGAAGGUAGCUAUUUUGCUCAUCAUUGGCGUUGUCACCGGACAGACAUACGGCGAUGCACCUGAAGCUAUCGUGGGUGGUUUUAUGGCCAAGGAGGGUCAAUUUCCCUAUCAAGUCUCCCUUCGAUCGUAUGGUUCACAUUAUUGCGGGGGUUCUAUUAUUGGUGAAACUCAUAUUCUCACCGCUGCUCAUUGUGUUGAUAAACUUGCUUAUACAAAUGGCAUGGUUGUUGUAACCGGAACCCUCAAGUGGAGAGAAGGCGAAUCGCACGGAAUUAAAUGCAUUCGAAUGCAUCCAGAAUACACUGGUAAGCAAGAAGAUUCCUGGAAACACGAUGUCGCUGUUAUUACUGGUGACAGCGGCGGUCCUCUCGUAGUUAAUGGUGAAGUAUGUGGUAUCACCUCUUGGGUCACGCAAUGCGCUUGGGGUAUACCUGAUGUAUUCACUAAUGUUUAUUGCUAUUUGGACUUCAUCAAGGAAUGUCAAAAAAUGUGCUGA